GGAGCGGCACCGGCCGCCUUCCCAGCCCCUCCUUUGGCUAACUCCGUAAGACGACGAAACUGAGAGGAUGAGUCUGAACUAGAGCAGUUUCGGAGCCAGCAGGCUAACCUCAAGAAAGUCAAGAGCCUGUGGGAGAAGCCGCCGCGACCGCGCCGUUGGGCGCCGCACGCGAGAAACCCUUGCCUUCCACUUUCUUUUCCUCUUGCAUUUAGGAGCCAUCUGCCUACAAAAACAUGGCCACCGACGCUAGCCCCUUGCACCCAUACUGGCCUCGGCACCUGAGACUGGACAACUUUGUGCCUAAUGACUGCCCUACCUGGCAUAUCCUGGCUGGCCUCUUCUCUGUCUCUGGGGUCUUAGUUAUGACCACAUGGCUGUUGUCAGGACAUGCUGCGGUCAUCCCACUGGGGACCUGGCGUCGACUGUCCCUGUGCUGGUUUGCAGUGUGUGGAUUCAUUCACAUGGUGAUUGAGGGUUGGUUCAGCCUGUACCACGAGGACAUUCUUGGAGACCAAGCUUUUUUAUCCCAACUCUGGAAAGAGUAUGCCAAGGGAGACAGCCGAUACAUCCUGAAUGACAACUUCACGAUAUGCAUGGAGACCAUCACUGCUUGCCUGUGGGGACCACUCAGCAUUUGGGUGGUGGUCGCCUUUCUCUACCAGCAGCCCCUCCGCUUUGUCCUACAGCUCGUGGUCUCUGUGGGUCAGAUUUACGGGGAUGUGCUCUACUUCCUCACGGAGUACCGAGAUGGAUUCCAGCAUGGGGAGCUGGGCCACCCACUCUACUUCUGGUUUUACUUUGUCUUCAUGAACGCCCUCUGGCUGGUGCUGCCCGGAAUCCUUGUGCUCGAUUCUGUGAAGCAGCUCACCCAUGCUCAGAGCCUGCUGGACACCAAAGCUACAAAAGCCAAGAGCAAGAAGAACUAAUGAGUGAUGGACUGGGCUUGAACACUGGCUGAUGACAAACUCUCCAUCUACCAGAAGAGUCCAGUCUUUGCUCCCACAGGUUAGAGAGACAAAGCGAAUAGAUGUGUCAAAGUCAGGCUGAUGGGUGGGCACUGAAAGGGCUAGAAAUGGGAAAGAAAGGAGCUGUUGGAACAAAGGUCCAAGAGAACCUUGGAAAUCCAUGGGGGUGGCAAUUUUUAAAAUCAGGAAAUAAAAGGUCUUGACCCUAACACAGAUCUUUAAUUACUGACCCCAGAGAUGCCCCAUAACUGACCCCACAGACCCCUCCAUCACUCACUCAUUCCACAGACCCCCAUCCUCAUCACAUAGACCUUCAAUCUAUGACAUCACAAACCCCCGUCACUAACCCCACAGAUUCCAGUGAUGGCUGAUUAGAUUCAUGAGUCACACCCAUAAUCUCUUGAGGAGUGGUCUUCCACCCACACCCUUGGUGUUCUCUCCAGAACAUACUUUCUCAUUUUUUGCAACAUGGACGGGAUGAGAAUUUUCUAAAUCUUCAAGUUCUUAAAUUGACUCAGCCUCUUGUCUCCUGAUCAGGUACCUCAUAGACACCUGAUUACUCACUCCAAAGACCCCCAUCACUGACCCUACAGACUCACCCAUCACUACCCUAAAGAUCCUCAUCACUCACCUGAGACCCCACAGACCUCCUCACUCCACAUACCCCAUCAUUAACCCUUAAGACACCCAUCACCCUACACAUAGUUUUCAUUUACUCUUUAGACCACCCAUCACUCAUCUCACCUCCAUCACUUGCCCCAAUGGACCUCCCAUCACGUACCAAACAACCCCAUAAUUCACCCCAUAAACCCCUCAUCAUGUAUAACAGACCCCCUAUCAUUUGCCCCAUAGGCCACUCGUCACACCCUACAGAUACGCCAUCACUCACCCUAUAAACUCCCUAUAACUUUGCAGAAUUCAUCACUUACCUCAUAUCCCUAUUACACUCCACAGAUCUCCAGUUAACCCGCAGAUCUUCCAUCACUCACCCCCACAUCCUGUCACCCCACAGGUUCCCAUCAUUCACCCCACAGAUACCCCUCAUCCUACAGAUGAGACCUUCAGUCAUAAAACAAAUGAGUACUUGAGGAAUUUUGAGAUGACAAAGAACGAAUAAUAAAACUGCAGGUGCCUGUAGGCUGACUGCAGGUGACCUGUGCAGAGCAGGA